GGCGCGGCAAGGAGCUGAAGCUGCAGGUGAAGCAGCCAGCGGCGGGCGCGGGGGCCCCGGCACAGCCCUUCUUCCCGUUCCUGCAGCAGCAGGAGCCGGCGCCCGGCGCGCGCGAGCUGUCGCCGGCCGACGGCUGCGUCCUGGUGUGCGCGGUGUGCCGCUGCUUCCUGGGCGAGCAGUGGGCCGCCUUCGAGCGCGCCCGCACGCCAGUGGACAAGCGCAUGUACUGGCUCAAGCGGCCCCACCAGUGCGAUGCGGGCGCGGGUGGGCGCCGCGGGGGCGCCGGAGCCCCCCGGGAGUGGAAUGUCGCCUACGCGCUGGGCAGCGCCGCGGACGACGACGACGACGCGAGCGGCCCCCGGCUCCGUGGGGCUGCGGAGGAAACACGGGACUCCGACCUGUCGGAGCUGUCGGACACCGACCCCCUGUCCGAACCCGACCCAGCUGCGCGUGACACCGCCAGCCCCCACCAGGACCGGGCACCAGCGCUGCGGGCCACCCCGGGGCCAGGGCCUCGUGGGGGCCGCUGCCAGGAGUGGAGGCCGGCGUCAGGACCUCUUCCCGGACAGGGCUCAGAGCCCCCAGCGCAGGAACGCGUGGAGGAGGAGGAGGUGCCCUCGAAGAUCCCAGUGGAUGGGGAGUCCAAGCCUAGCGUUAGGCGCCGGCGGAAGGGGGUCGGGAGGCCCUGGGCCCCUGAGGCCCGGGCCAGCGUCCUGAGGGGCAUUCAGGACCCUUGGCAAGGUCCUCCUGUCCAGGAAGCCCCUGCAGAUGGCAUGAAAGGAGGCCCCUCGGGCAGGCCCACCAAGCCUGGGGACAGCAGGCCACUGGUGGAGACUCUCGGAGGCUUCUGCACCUCUUCAGACAGCGACAUCAACAUCACCAGUGGGGAAGAGGACCACAAAGAGCAGCCUUUCCCAGGCCCCUGCGGCCCCAAAGAGAAGGAGAAUGGUGGUCGGCCCCUCCGGGCUCCCCCGGAGAGCCGGGUGGCGCCACCAGAGGGCCUUUGCUGCUAUAUCUGCGGGUCAGCACUGUCUCCAGCCUCGCAGCACCAGAUCCACGUGCAGAAGCAGGAGAAGCUGGCCCAGGCGCCCUUCUUCCCCUUCCUGUGGCUGCACAGCCCGCCCCCCGGGGCACAGCCCAUCAGCGAUGGUGGCAGCACCCUGGUGUGCCCCUGCUGUUUCUCGUCCCUCAUGCAGCAGUGGCAGAGCUUCGAGCUGGCCAGCGUACCAGUCCUGCAGCGACUCUAUGUGGUGCCCCUGAACAGCCGUGCCCCUGGCAUGGCCUGCAAGGGCAGGAGGCUCCCAAGGGAAGAGGGCUUGCCACCCGGUGCCCUGCGAGAGGCCUGCUACCUCUGUGGGGAGGACUGCACCCAGGAUGCCCGGGCAGUGCCCUUCAGGGCCCUCAAUGGCAGUGCCCGCAGCGUCAUGCAUUUCCCCUUCCUCAGCCUCCUGCCCUGCCCGCCCAACGCCCAGGGCCCCAACAAGCGCUGUGAAGUCCGCAGCUGCCCCAAGUGCUUCAGCGUCCUGGAGGACGUCUGGGCCCUGUACCGGGCCUGCCAGAAUGAGGCACUCAUCACCUCCGUGCAGGGUUUCUUGGGCAGGUACCACCAGGCCUUCUCCGGCUCCGACCCUGCCCUCUCUGAGUCACCCAUGGCAGCCCAGGGUGGCCCCUUGGCUGUCUGCUAUAUCUGCGGGGCUGAGCUUGGACCCGGGAAGGAAUUCCAGCUCAACGUGAAUCCUGCCAGCCGCUUGGGCGAGAAAGAGCCCUUCUUCCCCUUCCUCACCGUUUACCCACCAGCUCCACGAGCCAGGCCUGUGGAUGCCACCGGCCUGGUGGCCACCUGUGUGCUCUGCUACCAUGACCUGCUGGGCCAGUGGCUGCAGCAUGAGGCCCGAGGCACCCAGCACGCUGUCAGCGCCUGGUCUCGGCAGUACCAGGUGGAGACGUUCGUGUGCUUCUUCUGCCAGCAGGAGAAGAAACGCUGCUUGGGGCUGAAGUCUGUGCGGGUGGCCCGGCUGCCCUUGUUCCUCUACACCCUGCGAGCCAGCCACAGCCUGCUGGUGGACGAUGGACAGCAGCUGAUCAUCGGCGCCUGCGUGGAGUGUGGGACUCUGGUGUGUGCCGGCCAAGGGCUCACCCGUCAGGGACCCAUGGGCUGGAGCUCCCCAGUGGCUGCAGCGACAAAGGUGACUUCUGCACCUCUGGAGGCACCGACAGCCGCCCACCCUCCUGCUCGAGAGCCUGAGCCCCGGCCGGGUGCUGCAGCAGAGACCCUGUCCAGGGGCCCCAGGGCCGCUCAGGAGCCAAGGCCAGCACAGUGUCCACAGAGCGGCCGGGAUGGGGAUGGACCAGACCUCGCAAGCACAGGUAGAUGCCUGCACUUUUCAUAUCUCUGGGUAUGGGGCUGUGAUUGUGCUGCUCCCGCAGGGCCGGCUCUGCGGCCCAGUUCAGGCUCAGCUCUGCCUCAUGGUCUUGGGGAGAGCCUCGCCAAUAUCUGGUUUUCAGGCUCUUCAGGGUCCAAAAUUGUGGUUUAA